AUGUCUGGCACCGAAGAGACCUACCACCUCACCAAGGAAGUAAGUUGACAAGCACCUUGAAGUGGUCCAAUUCGAUCCGUCCUAACACGUAAACAGGACAUCCGCAAGACCGAGCAGCAAACCUCCAAACUCCACGGCGGUAACAUUCCAGCAGACUCGGAAGCUGCUGGCCUCCAAUCCAUUACCGACACCGCCGACAAGAACAAGCCUGAGAUCAUCAACGAGCGUCAAGCCAAUCUGCCUCUACCAGACCAGCCACCAGGCCAGUCCGACUUCUCCAGCGCCGACUCGCGGACUGUCAACGUUGGCUCCGGCGGUAAUGCCAGCAACUUCUCCUACGGCAACGACGCUCUCCGCGAGCCAGCAACUGGCGACAGCGCUGUUCGAGCUGACCCAUCCGUGACCGGUGGCAACGUCCUCGGUCAGGGCGUUGGACGUGAGGCAGUCGAUGGUCUCGGUGGCCUGCCCAACGAUGCUGUGGCUCAGGGAUCGAAGAACAAGGAGAACUUGGCGGAUACCACUGGCAAGGACUACGGCUACCCUGACAAUGACCCAGCCGAUACCAGCAAGUUGCCAUGA